UGCUAAAGUUGCUUUGUCAUACAACCUCCCCACCAUAUAACCAAACACACAGGCAUACACAUUUCAAGCCCAUUUCAUCUCCAAAAACUUGCUUUAAGUUUAUCUCCCGGAUUCCGGUGACUGCAUUGAGUUGUAGGGGCCCUGCAUUUAUUGUAAGUACAGAGGCAGAUAAAGAAUUCCAAGGGCUGCUUAGAGCUCCCAUACACAACAUUUCUGUUUUCUUUGAGUUUUCAGGGCUCCUCGCAACUCCCAGCAAAUUUAUCUUCGUUCAAGGUAUAAUUCUCCGUGAGAUGGGAGAAAUGCCGAGCUUCCAAUUGGGUGUUAUUGGGGCCCUGUUCCUUUCAGUUGCAUCAUCUGUCUCCAUUGUCAUUUGCAACAAAGCUUUGAUGAGCAAUCUCGGAUUCCCAUUUGCUACAACUCUCACUAGCUGGCACCUCAUGGUAACAUUCUGCACACUUCAUGCGGCACAGCGUCUCAAUUUGUUUGAGUCCAAAUCCAUUGACAUGAAGCCUGUGAUGCUCUUUGGAAUUCUAAAUGGGGUUUCUAUUGGACUUCUCAACUUGAGUCUUGGGUUCAAUUCUAUUGGAUUCUACCAGAUGACCAAACUUGCAAUCAUACCAUUCACUGUCCUAUUGGAAACUCUGUUCCUGAAGAAGCAAUUCAGCCAGAAGAUAAAGCUGUCGCUCUUUGUCUUGCUUGUUGGAGUUGGCAUUGCCUCUGUGACUGAUCUCCAGCUCAACUUCGUUGGAACAAUUCUCUCUCUCCUAGCCAUUAUAACAACUUGCGUUGGGCAAAUUCUGACAAGUACAAUACAAAAGAGGCUAAAUGUGUCUUCCACACAGCUGCUUUACCAGUCAGCCCCAUUUCAAGCAGCAAUUCUCUUUGUAUCAGGCCCCUUGGUGGAUCAAUUCCUCACCAGAAAGAACGUCUUUGCAUACAAAUAUUCUUCACUAGUCUUGGCAUUCAUUAUACUUUCAUGCAUUAUAUCUGUGUCUGUGAACUUCAGCACAUUCAUGGUUAUCGGCAAGACCUCACCAGUUACUUAUCAAGUGCUUGGACACCUCAAAACUUGCCUUGUUCUUGGCUUUGGGUACACUCUGUUACAUGAUCCUUUCACAAUGAGAAACAUCAUUGGAAUACUAGUUGCCAUUUUUGGCAUGGGCCUAUAUUCAUAUUUCUGCGUCCAAGAGAAUAAAAAGAAACAAUCAGUGGACCUUUCGCUAGCUUCCCAGAUGAAAGAUAAGGAUAGCACUCCAAUUUUGGGCAUGCAAGAUAAAGAAAUCAGCCAUGACGCCAAGAAAUCAACAAAGGACUCUCUUGUUUAAUUUGUCAUAAAAAAGUUAAUGCAUGUAUCGGGUGUUUGCUCUACCACAAACAAUUAAUUUGUUGAGUUGAGUAUAAAUGUUUUUUAUUCUUUUAAUAGACAGUACCCAUUCACUUU